GUUCGCGGCCCACAAGCGAAGGAAAGAACGAUCCACAGAUGACGUCCAAGCAGCAGCAUGGGGAUGGGGACAAGAUCGCGUUGACGUCUGCGGGGAAGCAUUUUGACUCGGACAUCUAUGAGAGCGCCAGUGACGACAAGUACGCUGGGUACUCUCGGACGCUGGACGACGAGGACACGAGCAGCCGAAGUUUGGCCGCCGGACCCAACAAAGGGCGCGCGUCGGACGGGUUGAUCGACGACAACUACGAUCCAUUUGCAGACAAAGACUACCGCGAAGCCAACGGCAGCGGGUUGGUCAACAGUGUCAUCACCGAGCGUGAAAGCGACUACCAGAGGCGCCGACUGCAUCAGACGUUGUCGCCCACGCGCCAAGACGCUUUUGAGCGAACGACGACCGACGAUGGCUCGAACGCGUCAAGUUUUCGCAAAAUCAUGCACAAUCAAAAGCUUGAUGCCGAGCGCGACGAAGUGAUCCGCAAGAUCCGCAAGCAAAAGGAGGAACACGCCGCCGCCGACGUCGUCGUCGCCGCGGCUGCAUCCUCCUCCACCACGACAAAAAAGAAGAAACGACGAUGGGACGAUGCAGGCGGCAACGCGAGCGAAGGUGCCACCACGGAAGAAGAGUCGUCUUCGGAAUGGGACCAAGACCACUCGACCGACAAGAAAGUCCCGAGCAGCUCGCAAUGGGAUGCUACGCCCGUGGCGGCCGACAUGCCGACCCCGAAGAAGAAUCGGUGGGACGAAACCCCCGCGCCGGCGGGUGGUGCCGAAAAGAAGUGGGACGCCACACCCCAAGCCACUUCUUCAUCGUCCUCGUUUGACGCGACGCCGACGCCCGGCCGGAAGCGUUCGCGCUGGGACGAAACACCUCUCAUGGACGACAACCGGACCCCGACCAGCGCGGCGCUCAUGACGCCGGGCGGGUCGUUGGCGGCGCACGUGAUGCCCGAGGUCGUGCAGCGGCUGCGGUGGGAGCGCGAGAUUGAAGAGCGAAACCGCCCGCUCACGGACGACGAGCUCGACUCGAUGUUCCCCACGACAGGGUACAAGGUGCUGGACCCCCCCGCAUCGUACAUGCCGAUCCGGACGCCGUCGCGCAAACUCAUGGCCACGCCCACGCCCAUGGGGCAGACCCCCGGGUUCCAGAUGGGCCAGACGCCCUCGGCGUCCGACUAUGGGCUCCAACCUGGCGGCGAGACCCCCUCUGGCGGCGAUAUGCCGUACAUCAAGCCCGAAGACUACCAGUACUUUGGCAAGUUGAUGGAAGAAGUAGAGGACGAGUCGCUGGACCCGGAGACGGCCAAGGAGCGCAAGAUCAUGCGCAUGCUGCUCAAGAUCAAAAACGGGACGCCGCCGCAGCGCAAGCAGUCGCUUCGCCAGCUGACCGAGAAGGCGCGCGAGCUGGGCGCGGGGCCCCUCUUCAACCAGAUUCUACCGCUGCUCAUGGCGCCGACGCUGGAAGACCAGGAGCGCCAUCUACUCGUGAAAGUAAUCGACCGCAUUCUGUACAAGCUAGACGACCUCGUGCGGCCGUUCGUACACAAGAUCCUCGUGGUGAUUGAGCCGCUGCUGAUCGACGAAGACUAUUAUGCCCGCGUGGAAGGCCGAGAGAUCAUCUCCAACUUGAGCAAGGCGGCGGGCCUCGCCACGAUGAUCUCGACCAUGCGCCCAGAUAUUGACAACUCGGACGAGUACGUCCGCAACACGACGGCGCGCGCGUUCGCGGUGGUGGCGUCGGCGCUCGGCAUCCCGGCGCUGCUGCCGUUCCUCAAGGCCGUGUGCACGUCGCGCAAGUCGUGGGAGGCGCGGCACACUGGCAUCAAGAUUGUGCAGCAGGUGGCGAUUCUCAUGGGGUGCGCCGUGCUGCCGCACCUCAAGCACCUCGUCGAGUGUGUCGGGCAUGGGCUCGUGGACGAGCAGCAGAAGGUCCGGACCAUCACGGCGCUGUCGCUGGCGUCGCUGGCAGAAGCCGCGCAUCCGUACGGAAUCGAAUCGUUCGACUCAGUGAUCCGUCCGCUGUGGAAAGGUAUCCGGCAGCACCGCGGCAAGGGCCUCGCGGCGUUCCUCAAGGCCAUCGGGUACAUCAUCCCGCUCAUGGACGCCAACUGCGCCAACUACUACACGCGCGAGGCAAUGGUGAUUCUGAUCCGCGAGUUUCAAAGCCCAGACGAAGAGAUGAAAAAGAUUGUGCUCAAAGUAGUCAAGCAGUGCGCGGCCACAGACGGCGUGACCCCGUCGUACGUGCAGACGCAUGUGUUGCCCGACUUUUUCCGACAUUUCUGGGUGCGCCGCAUGGCGUUGGACCGGCGCAACUACAAGCAGCUGGUGGAAACGACGGUGGAGCUGGCCAACAGCGUCGGCGCCGCGGAAAUCAUUGGGCGUGUGGCGGACGACCUCAAGGACGAGUCCGAGCCAUACCGGCGGAUGGUCAUGGAAGCCAUCGACAACAUUGUGCAGAACCUGGGGGUGACGGAUAUCAACACGGAGCUGGAGGAGAAGCUGAUUGACGGCAUGCUGUACGCGUUUCAAGAGCAAACGUCGGAUGACACGACUGCCCUUUUGAACGGGUUUGGGGUGGUCGUGAACGCCCUCGGCCUGCGCGCAAACAACUAUUUGCCCCAGAUCUGCGGCACGAUCAAGUGGCGUCUGAAUAACAAACCCGCCAAGGUGCGCAUGCAAGCGGCCGACCUCAUCGGCCGCAUCGCGGUCGUGAUGAAGACAUGCGACCAGGAGCAGCUCAUGGGGCACAUGGGGGUCGUCUUGUACGAGUACUUGGGCGAGGAGUACCCCGAAGUCCUGGGCAGCAUCCUCGGCGCGCUCAAGGCCAUCGUGAACGUGAUUGGUAUGACCAAAAUGACCCCCCCGAUCAAGGACCUGCUUCCGCGACUGACGCCGAUUCUAAAGAACCGGCACGAAAAAGUACAGGAAAACUGCAUCGAUUUGGUCGGGCGGAUAGCCGACCGCGGCGCCGAGCUCGUGAGCGCGCGCGAGUGGAUGCGCAUCUGCUUUGAGUUGCUCGAGAUGCUCAAGGCGCACAAGAAGGGCAUCCGCCGCGCCGCCGUCAAUACCUUUGGGUACAUUGCCAAGGCAAUCGGGCCUCAGGAUGUGCUCCACACGCUGCUCAACAACUUGAAGGUUCAGGAGCGGCAGAACCGCGUGUGUACCACCGUGGCCAUCGCGAUCGUGGCCGAGACGUGCUCGCCGUACACUGUCAUUCCCGCGCUCAUGAACGAGUACCGCGUGCCCGAGAUGAACGUCCAGAACGGCGUGCUCAAGGCAUUUUCGUUCAUGUUUGAGUACAUUGGCGAGAUGGGCAAGGACUACAUUUACGCUGUGACGCCGCUGCUGCAGGAUGCGCUGAUGGACCGAGAUUUGGUGCAUCGGCAGACUGCUGCCACGACUGUCAAGCAUUUGGCGCUGGGGGUCGCCGGCCUCGGCUGCGAAGAUGCUGUGAUUCACCUGCUCAACUUUGUGUGGCCCAAUAUCUUUGAGACGUCGCCGCAUGUGAUUGGCGCGGUGUUUGACGCGAUCGAAGGCUGCCGCGUGGCCCUGGGGGCUCAUGUGAUUUUGCAGUUUUGCCUUCAAGGGCUGUUCCACCCCGCGCGCCGCGUCCGCGAAGUGUACUGGAAGAUCUACAACUCGCUCUACAUGUACAGCCAAGACGCACUGACCCCGGCGUACCCCGUGAUCGAAGACGACGCGGCCAACUCAUAUGGGCGUACGUACUUGGACCUGACGAUUUAAUACCUCUGCCACCCCCCCCCAUCACACACAUACCACCGCCAUAUGAACUUUUUUUCAUUGAAUUAACGAAAAUACUCACUCAAUUUAGCACUAUCGUGUCGACUAAUUAUAUAUUCACAGAUUCUUCGUGCAAAC